AUGAGCAGCAACUCAUCCUCCCCUGCCGUCCUGCAGCUCUGCUAUGAGAACGUGAACGGAUCCUGUGUGAAAACUCCCUACUCGCACGGAGCCAGGGUGAUCCUCUAUGCAGUGUUCGGCUUAGGGGCUGUGCUGGCAGUGUUCGGGAACCUUCUGGUGAUGCUUUCAAUCUUUCAUUUCAAGCAGCUGCACUCUCCAACCAAUUUCCUCAUCUCCUCCCUGGCCUGUGCUGACUUCCUGGUGGGUGUGACUGUGAUGCCCUUCAGCAUGGUCAGGUCUGUGGAGAGCUGCUGGUACUUUGGACAAAGUUUCUGCACUUUCCACACUUGCUUUGAUUAUGCAUUUUGUUUGUCUUCUCUCUUCCACUUGUGCUUCAUCUCCACCGACAGGUACAUUGCUAUCACUGAUCCUCUUGUGUAUCCUACUAAGUUCACUGUGAAUGUGUCAGGGAUAUGCAUCAGCGUCUCCUGGAUCCUGGCCCUGGUGUACAGUGGAGCUGUAUUCUACACAGGCGCCUAUGAUGACGGACUGGAGGAAAUAACCAGCACUUUCAGCUGUGUAGGAGGUUGUCAACCUGUUAUAAAUCAGUUAUUCAUUCUGAUAGAUUUUCUACUAUUUUUCAUACCUGCCCUUGUUAUGAUGAUAUUGUACAGUAAUAUUUUUCUUGUGGCUAGAAAACAGGCUAAGAUGAUAGACAGCAUCAGUAGCAAAGCAGAAGCUUUAUCAGGAACUAGAAAACCCAAAGUGUCUAAGGGUGAAAGAAAAGCCGCCAAAACGCUGGGUAUCACAGUGAUAGUGUUUUUGGUCUUGUGGCUACCUCUUAUUAUUGAUACACUGAUUGACUGUUUUGUGGGUUACAUAACGCCUUCAUAUGUUUAUGAGAUACUUUGCUGGUUGGCUUAUUACAACUCUGCUGUAAAUCCUUUGAUUUAUGCUUUGUUUUAUCCUUGGUUUAGAAGAGCAAUAAAACUUAUCAUAACUGGAAAAAUAUUAAAGGAUAACUCAUCAACCAUGAAUUUAUUUUCAAAAUAG